AUGGAUUUCUUCGCCGUUGGCUGCGACACCUUCGGCCUGGUCAUCAAUACGGAAAAGACGGUGGUUAUACAUCCACCGCCACCCGACGCUGCCUACGUCGCAUCCCAGAUCAACGUGAACGACGCCCAACUGCACGCCUUGAACAUCACCUACCUGGGCAGCAUCCUCUUCCGCAACACCAAAGUCGACAAUGAAGUGGACAGCUGGCUUUCCAAAGCCAGUCAAGCCUUCUGUCGUUUGCAGAACACAGUUUAG